CUCUCUCUCUCUCUCUCUCUUGUAAUUUACACAUCUCUCACCCUCUUCAAGCCCUUUGAAGAGCUAAAAGCACAGAUCUUUACCACCAUUGUUCUCAAUUUUUCUGUUUUUUUUUCCCCUAAUGGGUACCCACGGAAAGGUCUUUACUUUAGCCGAGGUCUCCGAGCACAACAAUCCCAAGGACUGUUGGCUCGUCAUCGGUGGAAAGGUAUAUGAUGUGACAAAGUUCUUGGAAGACCAUCCUGGUGGUGACGAGGUUUUGUUGUCGGCCACAGGGAAGGAUGCAACUGACGAUUUUGAGGAUGUCGGUCACAGUGACAGUGCAAGAGCGCAGAUGGAUGACUUCUACGUUGGUGACAUUAAUUCAGAAACCAUCCCCAGCUCGAUCAAGUAUACUCCUCCCAACCAGCCUCACUACAACCAAGACAAGACAUCAGAUUUCAUCAUCAAGCUGCUCCAGUUCUUUGUUCCGCUGCUUAUCUUGAGUGUGGCUGUUGGUAUCCGUUUCUAUACCAAAUCAUCAGCUUAAUAUUUGAGCAUGUGAGAGAAUUGGAAUGCAAUCGGUAAUAAGUUUGUCCAAGUGACUUAAGAACCCCCCCCAACAACA